GAGGAGAAGAAAAAAAGGGGGAAAGAAGAAGGCGAAGCACCAGAAGGAGCAGAAGAAAAAGGAGAAGGAGAAAAAGGCAGAAGGAAGAGAAAACACCUGCGGGAAAGAUGCCUCCUUCCGGACCGCCCGCCCCUCCCUCCCUUGGAGACCUGCCUGCGCUGGACCUGCCUGUGCCGGACCUGCCUGAGCUGGACCUGCCUCCGGAUGUCCUCGUCCUCGUGAGAGAGGAUGGUGCUCUUUUCUUCAUUUGGAGGGAUGAAGACGAGCUCUCUAUUCCUUCUGACGGAGAGGAUGGUGACCCCGACUUCAUCUAUUCAGAUGAAGACGAGGGCUCCAUCUCUUCUGACGGAGAGGAUGGUGAACCCGACUUCUUCUCUUCAGAUGAAGACGAGAGCUCCGCCUCUUCUGAUGGAGAGGAUGGUGACCCCGACUUCAUCCCUUGGGAUGAAGACGAGGAAUCCACCUCUUCUGACGAAGACGAAGACGUCCCUGUUUCAGGCUCUUCAGACGAAGGCGAAUACUCUCUCUCCAGUUCUUCAGAUGAGGACGAUGCCUUCUCAGUGUUCUGUUCUUCAUCUGAAGGCGAAGGCUCCUCGGCCUUCAGCUCUUCAGAUGAUGACAGAGCCUUUUUUGGCAUCAGUUCCUCAGAUGAAGACGAUGGCCACAUCACUGUUCCUCUGGAUGCUGAUGAGGUCGAUGAAGGCGAUGAUGUUGGGAGUGUGAAAUCAUCGCCUGAGUCCUCAAGCAGCAUCGAGGAUCCCACCUCCUUCUCUUCUGGUACUAGCGUUUCCAGUAAGAGGAGCAGGGAGGACAGUGAUGAGGACUGGACCCCCAGUCCAAGGCCAGGGAAACGCUGGAAGGAGUAAUCUUCUUCGUCUGACUGGAUGGUGGAAGACAUCCAGUCAGAUGAUGAGGAGUCUUCUGAAGAAGAGUCCUGAACAGAGGAGGACAGCUCAGUCGACAUGGAUGGCUACGAGACCGAUGACAAUCAUGAUGAUGAGGAGUCGUCAGAUGAAACUUCUGCUUCUUGUGACUGCACGUCACCUGAGGAAGAAGUUUAAGAUGGCAACAACCUCAUCAUCAUGGAUUGUUUUGAGGCCGAUGUAGACCAUCCUGUCGAUGAAGAAGACAUCACUGUUAUCACUGAGGACGAACGUGACGAACCUAACGAAUAGGAUGUCCUCAGUGAUAACGAAGGUGCCGACAUUCCUCCCCCUCCUCUGACAUCGAGAAGAUGGAGAACAAGAUAAAGAUGUAGUUGAUUAAUUCCAAGGCCAGGGAAACGCUGGAAGGAGUAAUCUUCUUCGUCUGACUGGAUGGUGGAAGACAUCCAGUCAGAUGAUGAGGAGUCUUCUGAAGAAGAGUCCUGAACAGAGGAGGUCAGCUCAGUCGACAUGGAUGGCUACGAGACCGAUGACAAUCAUGAUGAUGAGGAGUCGUCAGAUGAAACUUCUGCUUCUUGUGACUGCACGUCACCUGAGGAAGAAGUUUAAGAUGACAACAACCUCAUCAUCAUGGAUUGUUUUGAGGCCUGUAGACCAUCCUGUCGAUGAAGAAGACAUCACUGUUAUCACUGAGGACGAACAUGACGAACCUAACGAAUAGGAUGUCCUCAGUGAUAACGAAGGUGCCGACAUUCCUCCCCCUCCUCUGACAUCGAGAAGAUGGAGAACAAGAUAAAGAUGUAGUUGAUUAAU